AAAUCAGGUUUUAUUCCACAUUACUAAAUAAGUAUGAUGAGAUUUGGGAGCUUGCUGUUGGUAGGUGAGUGGAGAUAAUGUAAGGGCACCCAGGCAGAGUAUUCUAGUUCAAGUGCCAUUUAUUUAAUGUCAGACAGUCUGUCUUAUCUAAUCCUCUGCCAACUUCCUAAGGUAUUUAACUUUUUCCUUUGAUUCCUGACAUCUAGGAAAGUCAAGUGCUCUCUUUAAAGUUUCAAUAGAACGAAAUAAAUUCUGUCAAAAGACCAAAGUAAAGAAGAAAUGUCAAGAAAACUCAAAUAUGAAUUUAACAAUUCUCAUCCAUAAUGUCACUAUCAUUUUUAGUAUUUCUUUCUGAUUCUUUUUAAUGCAUAUCUGAUAUCUAUAAAUAUGCACAAAAUACUUAUACCUUGUAUAAUUUUUUCCUAAAGAUAUUUUUCUUUAUUCCCCCUCACUCCCAGAUAAAUUCCAAACACAAAAAUAGCUCUUUCAAAGAUCUCAGUCUCGUGAGUAGCUGAGACUACAGGCAUGAGCUACUGGUAUCUAGCUUCACUCAUAAGCUUUGUAACAACUGAUAUAGAUAAAGAAAUCCAACCAAUGGGGAGUUAAGCAACUUGCUUAAUAGUAUAUAAUUUCUAAGUAUCAGAGUCAGGCUUAGCAUAGAUGGAAGCUUAAUUAGAAAGCAUAGUUAUGCAUAUUUUAGAGACUAGAUUAGGACAACUUGUUGGAAUUCUAGGUGUGAUAAGAGUAUAAACAAAAAUUUCUAAAAUGUUAAAAAAAAUGAUAGUAAAGACAAUUCCAAAAAGAAAUACUUUUAUUCCAUUAGGCCUGUGAUUUCUUGAAAUUAGAAGAUGGAAACCCAGUGAAAUUACAGGAAUAAAGUUCAAGCCACGAAUGCCUAUAGUGUCUGUAUGUCAUCCAGCGCUUCUCACUCUUUCAUGUUUCCGGACUCUCUUUUUAGGCUGAGAUACUUGCCACAAUGUUCCCUUUACAAGGCCCACAGAUGCUGCAGAUGCUGGAGAAAUCCCUAAGGAAGAGCCUCCCAGAGUCCUUGAAGGUGUAUGGGACCGUUUUCCUCAUGAACCAGGGAAACCCAUUCAAGUUAAAGGCCCUGGUGGACAAGUGGCCUGAUUAUAAUACUGUGGUUGUUCGUCCUGAGGAGCAGGAGAUGAGAGAUGACCUUGACAACUUCACCAACACCUACCAAAUCUACUCGAAGGAGCCCAGGAGCUGUCAUGAGUUCCUUGGUGCAUCGGAUGUCAUCAACUGGAAACAACAUUUGCAGAUUCAAAGCUCACAAUCCAGCCUGGAGGAAGUGAUACAAAGUCUUGCAGCUGUGAAUUUCACCAGGGUGAAGAAAGCACAACAUCUUCUCUACAUGACAUCUAAGACAGCACAGAGGCUGCUGCCAUUCCUGCUGGCCACUAGGAAUUUAUGUCCCAAUUCAGGCAGACCCAAGGCCAUUAACCAAGAGAUGUUUAAACUCUCCUCGCUGGAUGAUUCCCAUGCUGUUUUGGUGGAUCAGUUCUGGGGUUUUGGUGGCAGUGAGAAGAGCCAGAGGUUCAUCAAGCGCUGUAUCCAGACCUUCCCUAGCACCUGCGUUGUGGGACCCGAGGGGAGUCCUGUGUCCUGGGCCCUGAUGGAUCAGACUGGAGAGAUCCGAAUGGGUGGCACUGUGCCCAAGUACCGGGCCCAAGGGCUCAGCUCCUAUGUCUUCUAUGUCCUCAGUCAGGCUCUGGAGAAGCUUGACUUCCCUGCAUAUAAUAACACAGGCAAAUCCAACAAAUUUGUGCAGAGAAUGUCUGAAACUCUGCAUCAUCUCCCCUUGCCCUGUGACUGGAAUCAGUGGACAUGUGAGCCUCUGUGAGGUCGGCUGGAAAUGCUGGAUGAGGUGGGCUGGGAGGUGGCAUGGUGGAGGUGUGCACACACAGAGAGCCAACGAUAGUGAGCAGUGGCUCACUCAUAGCUGAGAUUUAAGGAAGCAAAAUGGGUGAGUAUUGGGGCAACACUAUCCUUUACCCUCCAGCAGACCUGCCAUAGCCAGAUCUCUAUGUAGUUAGCAUUUCCUUAUUCAGUUUCUUAUACUU